AACAAGAGGGGAAGGCCAAGGAAGGUACCAGCAGGACCUGUCAUUGAACCAGUUGGAGGUGUGUCAAGUAGCACUAUAUGUGAACCAGAUGGAGGUGGAUCAAGUAGGAUCAGUAGAAAGACUUCAACAAGAUCCAAGAAGAAGCAAUCUAGUAGGACAGCCAUUCACAAGGAACGAGCCAUGGCUAUGAAGGGUGUGGGAAUAUUGCAGUCUGAAGAAACUGGAAACAUAUAUAUGCGGAUGUCGGCUGGAAAGGGUAUUCACUUUAUACCCUCAAGAAAAUCAACUCUGAGUACCAAAAAUAAAGGCAAAAGAAGUGGAGAUAACAGUCAAGGAGCUGAAAAUAUUGGGACUCAAGAAAGUGUGGCAGAAGCCUCA